AUGUCGCCGUUGUUGAAGGAGUAUCUGAAUAAGAAAGUCGUUAUAGUGACCACAGAGGGUCAAUGUGUGAUUGGGACGCUGGAAGGAUUCGAUAAGAGUACGAAUUUGUUGCUUUCGAGUGUAUACGAGAGAUUUGCCAAGCCAGAGGAUAUAACAUCACAGGUGCAGAUACUUCGAGGCAGUGAAGUUGUCUUGUGUGGACUAUAUGAUGACAAAGCAGAUCUUUUUGGUGGCACUGGCGGGAAUGUGCCGUCUUUGAAAGAUACAAAGAAUAAGGUUAAAGAUGAGCAUCUUAUAUGGUUCAAAGUAGGAAGAAGUAAGUGA